AUGGAAGGUCGUAAUGCUAAUACUAAAAGGAAAAAAGUUGAAGCGGAACGAGAGGGAGAGAGCAGCACAAAGAAACUGAAGGUCACCAUGGGGGUGGAGACCCUCGACUGUCCCAUCUGCUAUGAGCCCCUCAGGCCUCCGCUAUUCCAGUGCUCUGUAGGGCAUUGCAUAUGCUCAUCUUGCCGUGGGAAGCUGGACAAGAAAUGCCCUGUGUGCUCUAUCAAAACUUCCUUCAAGCGCUGCUUUGCGAUGGAACAUGUCGUCCAAGAAGCCAAAGUUGCUUGCUCCAAUGAAAAGUAUGGGUGUGCCGAGGGGGUCAUCUACUACCAGAAAGAAGAACACAAGAAGGCAUGCCUAAAUGCCCCAUGCUCCUGCGUGGAGUCCGGUUGUGGCUUCGCUGGACCAACAAAGGUGCUCCUAGACCAUUUCAUCAUCCAGCACAAGUGUAUGUCUACAAUCCUCCCAGACUCCGGCACGGUGUCACUUCGCUUACAGCCGGGGUUACAUGUUUUGCGAUGCACCGAGACCAGCUACUUUUUCUUGCUCAACAUGUCAUCAGAGCCUCUUGGAUAUGCCAUCUCAGUCACCUGCGUACAACCAAACGUUACGGAACCCAAGUUCAAAUGUAAUAUGGAAUAUGACUGCAUAAUGACCGGCUGCCGUGAAAGUAUAAAUUGCCACGUAAGAAGCUCUUCACUCUCUGAUGGGCUACCGAUAGUGUACGACUUAAUAAUUCCCAAGGGAAAGAUUUCUGAUGAUCCAAAUGGUAUCAUGCUCGAAGCCACCAUUCUCAGCAGAUCAUGUCUUCGAGGAAAGGCCCCAGCCAAUUAA